AUGUCCCCUAAAGUGUGUUUCAGCCUUAUGCUUGGUUCAUACACGAUGGCCUUUUCAGGUGCCACGGCCCACACUGUAUGCAUGCUGAGACUGACCUUCUGUGAUGCAAACACCAUCAACCACUACUUAUGUGACAUCCUCCCAGUGAUGCAGCUCUCCUGCACCAGCACAUAUGUCAAUGAAUUGGUGGUUUUCAUUGUGGUUGGCAUCAACAUCAUUGUGCCCAGCCUCACCAUCUUUCUCUCUUAUGGUUUCAUUCUCUCCAGCAUCUUUCAAAUAAACUCCACUGAGGGUAGGUCCAAAGCCUUCAGCACCUGCAGUUCUCACAUAAUUGCUGUUUCUCUGUUUUAUGGAUCAGGUGCAAUAAUGUAUCUUAGGCCAUCCUCUGCUGGAUCACUGGAUGAGGGAAAAAUUUCUUCUGUGUUUUAUACUAAUGUAAUUCCCAUGUUGAAUCCCUUAAUCUAUAGCUUGAGGAAUAAGGACGUUAAGCUUGCCCUGAGAAAAACCUGUUAG